UAUUUAUUAGUACAUUGGGCCAAAAUAUGGUGUGCUUAUAAAGGGGAAUUUUAUAUGUUGUGAUUAUACGGGGGGUGACUAUAUAGGGGGUCGACUGUAUUUCUAAAAAUAGAAGUAAUUAUAUACAUUAGCAUAGACGUCAUGUAGUCCCAAACCUCUGUAUUAUUUUUCUCUGUAUUAAUAAAGCGAGACUUGGUUCCUUCAGGACCUUCCGCAUUUGCUACAUAACAUUGAACAAUUCUCCGUUAAGUGAAAAUUUUCCAUAAUGACAGUUAGUGAUACUGCAGCUAACCCAUCCGAGCUUGCCCCGAAAGGGCGCUCUGAAGAAGCUGAGACAACGCAAUGCUGAGUUUGAGGCCGAGCUUGAGGCAGAGCGUGAAGAAAAGAGAAUAAGCGCUUUUUCACUCAUGGAAGAAAUUGACAAGCUUAAGAAGAAGAAUGCUGACCUCUUUGCUGAGAAUUUCGAUCUUAAACGUGAGGUAGCGAAACUCAGGGAGGAACUUGGGAACAGAAUUGAGGAAUUGGAAAAGAAUAGAGCGGAUAAUGAUGCUGAGAACAUUAAGCGUGAUGCUGAGAAUGCUGAGCUUAAGGUAAGAGUUGCGAAAUCUGAGCAGAUUUCUCCCGCUAAGGAAGUGGAAAUAGAUGAAUCAGCGUCCCUUCAGGGGCAGGUUGAUGAUGCAUCCUCUGACUCCAAAGGAGAACCGCCGCUUAGGGGAUUUAAGAUGGAAGCUAGCGAGGGUGCUGAUUCUGAUAAAAUCGAAAGUAUACAAGGUAGUACAAACCCCAUUUCCUUGGGAAACAAUGUUUCACGUCAGCACAAAAUUGUUUCAAGUCUGGAGCAAGUUAAGCCUGUUUACUCUGCUACCGACGAUUCUGAUGAGAUAGAGCUUAUUAAAAAUCAGAAUGUAGAACUUGAUCUAAUAUGUGAUUUACAGAGUUGUAUUAUUGUUCCACCCAAUGAACAACAUUCGUCUUCUAACGAAGUGCGUGAUCAAACCACAACACAAAAUUAAUCCAUUUGUUUCGAAAAGCACUACAGGCUGGAUAUGAAGAGAUUUUAUCUCGGGUUCAUUAUUCAGAUAAUUUCAAAAAUAAAGUUGCUGAUGAUAAAACCACAAGAACACUAAUAUAUAAGGAAAUGUUAGAACAUCUAGCUGGUGUUACGCCAGUUUCCAAGACACUUAGAG